AUGUCUCAAGAGGUAGCCCAUAAUAAAGAAGUAAAAUCAAAAAAGAAAAUUUUGUUCAAAUGCGCUCUAACUAACACAAUUUCUGAUGUUCUCACAAAUCGUGAAGGAUGGGCUCCAACUCAAAGUGAUGACUGGCAAUUUUUCUGGGUCACACGGGAAUGGAUGACAACGAGCUACGACAAGCACAAAUUCGGCGAAAAACAAUUAAUUUGCCAUUUUCGAAAUGAUUUUGAGCUUACUCGUAAAGAUUUUCUCAUUAAAAACUAUAAAAAAGCGCGGAAAGCUAAAGAGAAAAGCGGAAUCGAUGUGAAUGCCACAUUUAAUUUUCUUCCUUCAAGUUACGUACUUCCGGCGGAAUAUCACCUGUUUGUAGAGGAAUUUCGAAAAUAUCCAUCAGAUACGAUUUGGAUUAUGAAACCUGUCGCCGGAGCACAAGGAAAAGGAAUAUUUCUGUUUAGGAAGCUCAAACAUAUUCAGGAAUGGAAAAAGAAGGAUUCAUCAGGAUCGGAAGCUCUUCCAUACGUUGUUCAGAAUUACAUUUCGAAUCCUUAUUUAAUCGGCGGGAAAAAGUUUGACGUUAGGCUUUACGUGUUAGUGACCUCGUUCCGGCCACUAACUGCAUGGGUGCAUCGUGAAGGUUUCGCGAGAUUUUCGCACUCGCGAUAUUCCACAGACAACGUCGACGAUGCAUUCGUGCAUUUGACAAAUGUUGCAAUUGCAAAAACCGCGUCCGAUUAUGACCCUGAAAGGGGUCUCAAGUGGAGUCUGCCCAAGUUAUUCCGUUUUUUUAAAGCAAUACAUGGGUGUAGCAAGGUAGCAAAAAUGCUUCAAGAUUUGGCUACGGUUAUUAUUGAAAGUUUGAAAUGCGUCCAAAACUUGAUAAUCCAGGACAACCACUGCUUUGAGCUAUAUGGCUACGACAUCCUCUUCGACGCCAAUUUGAAGCCAUGGCUUCUCGAAGUUAAUGCGAGUCCUUCUCUUACUGCUUCUUCUCAAGAGGAUUUUGAUCUAAAAUAUCGAGUUUUGAAUCACAUGCUGGAUGUGCUGGACCUCGAAAAUAAUCGUACCGGAAAUGAAACUUCGAUUGGUGGUUUCGACAUUCUGAUCAAAAACAAUAAGCCAGUUGAAAAAUGUCAGGUCGAUGAGCACAACGGAGCUCAGUUCGUACCCACAUUAAACUUGAGGCUAGCUCGCCGGUGGUGCUUGAUAGUGACAAUGAGGAUCGUUUUCCUAUUAGUGCUGGUUGGCUCGGUCCUUCCUGAGAACUAUUUUGACAGCAGCGAGGAGGCACCUGAUAUUCAACUACAGCAUCUUGAUGACAUCGGCGUGAACGACGAGAAGGAAAAAAACGAAACCAAACAAUCCUAUGUGCCAGGAUCAUCGAAACGACUCACCGAAUACUUGUUAUCCAAGCAUAAUCCGAACGCACCUCCCGACGGCCUUCUAAAUGUUGAAUACGAGCUCGAACUUGUACACAUUCUUGGAAUUGACGAACUCAAGCAAACAAUGACAGUUUUGAUCUAUGUGGAUGAACACUGGAACGAUCCAUCGCUGGUUUGGGACCCGGCACUGUUUGGAGGAAUCACGAAGACCUGGAUGCCUGUAGACAAAAUCUGGAUUCCGGAUAUUAUAAUCUUCAACAUGGUAAAAACUGACAGGUUGGCCCACGAAGAUCUUCUAUCGGCGAUUCGCGCACCCGUCCGCAUUCACUACAAUGGAACCGUCGUCGCUUCACAUCCUGCCGUUCACACUGUGUCUUGCGAGAUCAACAUUCGACAUUUCCCGCUAGACGAUCAACGAUGUGCCAUUGAAAUCGCUUCAUGGUCCUACGGCCACGAAAAGAUACGACUUCAUGCUCACACGGAUCAUUCCUUGCAGCAUUACAAGAGAAAUGAGGAAUGGCAUUUGCUGCAUUUGAACGUCACCGAAGAGAAAUACGAGCAUGAAGGUGUUGAGGUUUCUGAAGUGAAGUUUGAGCUCUCAGUAAAAAGACGCCCACUGUUCUACAUGGUGACACUCACCUUCCCAUCGUACAUCAUGUGUGCAAUUUCGGUUGUCGGCCUGUUUGCGAGAUUUUCGACAACCGGCGAGAGAGAAGAGCGAUUCACUCUUGGCGUCACUGCAAUUUUGACAAUGGCCGUUCUCUCGUUGGUCGUCAGCGAGAAAGUGCCCCAUAGUUCGACACAUGUUCCGCUCCUCGUCGCUUACUUUCUCUUCAACAUGGUGAUAGUGUCAUUGGCGGCAAUGACGACGGGAAUCGUGAUGAAAGUGCACCGCAUGGGAAGAUAUGGAGAUGAGCCACCAGAGUGCUGGAUGAAGUUCUUCUGUCUUAGACCGAUUAAAUUAAAACCUUAUAGAAGAAAGUAUCUGAUGAAAGGUGACGAGCCAGAGCAGGUUGUUCUCGUAGCUGAAAGAAAAAAUGGAGAAAACUCAACGACGACGAAUAGAGCGGAAUCCAUUACAGUGAUCACCGAAGAACCGCCCCUCAACGCGAGAAUUGCAGCUCUUGAGACAUAUAUGAAAAAAAUGGUGAACCGAUGUGAAAAUAUUCAAUGCGAGCUUGAUGAGAUGGAUAACGAUCAAAUGGUUGACGUUAUUCGCCGCCGAUCGACAAAUGGAUACGUGAGAAUCUCCGAACGCCUCGACCUCUGCUUCAUGUUCUUCUUUUUGACCGUGGUUACUGUUCCUGUGAUCAUUCUCUUCUACUUGUCCUAA